AUGACAGACCUCACAUGCGUCGUUAAGCUCGAUAGUGGUGCAAUACGAAAGCUGUUCGCUUUGGGAGGAACGGCAGUGCUAACGUUACAAGAUUUCUUUCGUGAAGAUGACGUUUUCAUUGCAUAUGGAAAUGAACGAGCUAGCGCCGACGACUUCUUGGUGAUAUCUGAAGGUAUUGUUUCUGUUCCGUUUUUGCUACUGUAAAU